CUCGGAUAAACUCUUCGCACAGCUUCGAAUGUGGAUGUCUUUACCGAAUUAGUUGAACAAUUGUCUAAUGAAGUUUAACCUUUCCUUAUAUGAGCUCUUAAACUGCAUUCAUUCACCAUCGUCAGUGUGCGAUCUACCGUCGUUUGCCAAGUGCACACAUGGACGCCAUUAAGCCACUCGAGCGACCGCCUUGCGCUAACAUUAACGGCUCCCAGAACACUAAUUGCAGUAACGACGCGACAUCGACAUGCUCAAGAUGUCUUUUGGUCAUGUACUGUUCUCCUACAUGUCAAGCGGAGCAUUGGUCGACUCAUAAGAAAGACUGCAAGCACAAACUUCGUGACCAGCGUUGGACCCUUUCUAAUACGCCACCUGGUGCUGAGCGAGUCACAGUACCCCGUUCCGGGAACGGUCAAAGUCUUUGGAAACAGGUACCAGCGAUGGAUGUCCUGAACGUGAACGAUAAUGAAAAGUCGCAGGGUUAUGCUCUUGCUUUUGCUGAUACGGAAUUUGAGAAUCUCGUACUCUCUAUCAACGGCCUGCCUAAGGACUAUAGUGGCAAGCUGACAAUCCUCUUGAACCACGAAAGCGCUCGGAGAGCUGCACAGAAUCUCGCCUUGCUCCUGUUGCUUGCGAGUCAAGGCAGUGUAACAGAAGCCGCAGAAGCUGCACUUCACCUUUGGUUCUCUUCUUUCGUACAGCCAGCCUCAACUCAAGCACUGACAUCGACCCUCCAAGGCGUCAUUGAGCAAUCGAACUCUGGAGAUCAUUUCUCUCAAGAGCUUCAUGAGAACGCGUUCAUAUCUGGUGUACUAUCGAAGGAUGCUCUUCAGAUUCUGUCCACCUUGGGUGAUUUGGGGUACACAACUGACGAAGCUCGCGAUCAACGCAAUCGCGUAUUCUUCAAUCCAGAAGAAACCACACAUCGGCUGAAACAAUAUGGUCAUCUUGACCCCUCCCACAGGUUGGCUUUGGAGCACUUUCGUGGCACAGGAGUGGUCCUUCCUUUCGGAUCAUCUACGUCUACGUUUUCUGCUAUAAACCCCUUCUUGUUUGCAACUGCAGAUGCCAACGAUGAAGUAUGGGUACAGAAUGAUGCUGUUAGCCCUUUGGAGGCAUGGAAUAGGCCUACUGUGGUGACUGUCGGACAAGAUUAUGGUUGCAAGCGCGAGGACAUCUACGGCUGCCUUUAUUUUUAUCUAUUAGACCAGUUGCGAACUUUGGCUACACGUCUGCGCAGCUUCAAUGUCCAAAUGCACUUCUACGACCGUGAUGGAAUGAAACUUUGCAAGGAUAUUCAGUCUGGUGCCUUAGCCGAUCUUGGAGUGCCGUCAGACUUGCAUUUCGAUCGCAUUGAUCUUUCGACAAUCCUCGACACAGUCGACAACGAUCGUCGGCAGGAACUCAUCACCACUUGGGGUGGGCUCAUCAAGGACUCAGACCAACGUGCCACUAUGCUUGGUUGGACCAGAUUCUGGGUUAUGCAUGUACCUGACGCAACGGCUCCUCAGAAUCCCGACCCAAGAAGACCUGACCCACAUAUCAGCAAUAUGUUCUCUAAGCUCUGGGAAAAGAAUUGGGUCCCACGAACUAUUGUUGUGGAUCCAGUCAUUAUUACGGGAACUUUUGCUGUGUUGGAUUGUGUAUAUGAUAAUUCUGGACCUUUCGUCAACUACUUGCAGAAGAGCGGUACAUAUGCGGCUGCGGAGAAGGCGAAGUUGAGAGUCAGGGAUGUGCACUCUGUUGUUCCACAGCGUCUCUAUGUCGCGGUAGGAAGUCCAUACAACGCGCUUCCUGAUUUUGCAACUCCAGAUGAUUUCUACCUGAGUCUUCGGCUCACAUGCGACGCUAUUGGCGAGUCAAGUGUGCGUUGGAUGGAGUUUGGUAGAACGUAGUAGGAACCUGCUGUGCGGGAGGACCUGGCGGCGGCCUGGUGAGAAGCAUAUAGGUAUAUUUUCUCUUCUGCAUUUUGAAAUGAUUUUUAUGAACAUAUAAGAAUGAAAUACUUUUGUUGGGCCUGUAAAGGUUCAAUCAAACGAAAUAUAAUGCGAAGGGUUUGCUAGCUCGCUUAUCUUGAGAAGGCGGCUCCAAAAAUUGCCGCUUGCCUAGACUUCGCAGCGGCGACGAUUUCUCGGCAUGCAAACCUAGUAAAUCGGUAACGUACUAUACCUACGGAGAGCAUAAUCAACUCCUUCUGGAUGCGGGAAUACAUAACCUUACUCGUGACCUCGGCGCCACAAUGCUCAGCACUG